AUGCCUCGCGCCGUACCCAUUUACCCAGGUCCGCUUUCAAUGACGGAAGAUGAGCACUAUAGCUUCGUAGAAGCUCAGGCGACAAUUACAGAAGAUGGCAGUCGCAUUAUUUUCGAAGAAGAUAUUACUGUAAAUGUGGAUUUCGGAACGGAGAUCGAGGACAGACAUUCAGAGGAUUGUGUUUGUGUCAUUUGUAGGAAUGUGGAGAGGUUAAAGAUGGGAAAGAGGACGGUUAUUAGAGGUGGAAAUGGAGAGGUUUUUGAGAGGGAUGAAAGUGCUGAUAAAUUUGAUGGAGAAAGAGAUGAAAGUGAGGAUGAAGAUUUUAGGGAUGAAAGUGAUGAGAAGGGUGGAGGACAUGUUUUUGCUUAUGAUCUUCGACAUGAUGAUCAUGAUGGUGGAAUUAAUUUCUUGGGAAGAGGUGAGAUGUCAGAAGUCAGGAUCUCAAAGCCUUUUACUUCGAAGUGUCAUAAGUUGGGAAAAGGAAAGGAAGUGAAAAGUAGCACAUCCGCCAUCUCGACCAUCCCGAAUUUUCAUGGAGAUGAAUUGGAAGUUCAUAGUGCUCUACCUGAACAUGAGCAACAGUACGAAGUUGAGAGAGACGAAAUAGAGAUGGAUAGUUUUGAAGAAAGUGGAAACACAUCUGGAAUUAAAAUCGCUUAUUCACAUGCACCUUCGCCACCGCCUGAUUCUGGGGAUGAUCUGUCGCGUGAAAGAGGACGAAGCACGAGGGAGGACUUACAUACAACUUGGGAUUUACACACAAAUUGCGACCCACAAACUAAAAACAAGAAAUGCUUGCCAAGAAAGGGUUUGGUUGCAGCGAAGAGACAUCUAUCCAAGAGAAGUUUAUCAAUUGGCAGACGUAGAGGUGAAGGUAAAGGAAGUGAAGAUAGCGGGAGUUCUAGGGCAAGCAGGGUAUUGAACUUUGCGCGAAGUCUAAGCAGACGCAGUAAUAACUCAGGCAAUUCAUUACAAACACAACAAGCGACAAAGGAAGAGAAUACCACGCUUGAAGCACAAAUGGAUGAGAGUGUGGAUAUAGGAGACCAAAAUUUUUCUUUUCAGGAGGGAGAAAGUCUGCAUACUAGUUUUCAAGGUGAUGAGGAUAUUGUGGAACAUGGAGAUGGGAAUGGGACGAGAAGUUUUAUUGGACCACGUCGAAAUCCUGAGAUUCAUGACUUUCCGGCUUUUGAUCCGAGUCAAUUUAUUCAGACUACUCCUGUGGCGUCGUAUGGAUUUAGGAGGAGAUUGGUAUCAGAGUCUAAUGCUUCAACUCUAGAGCUUGAGAAUAGAUCGCGCUCAAGAUCAAGAUCACCAUCAGUCCCGUCUCACCAUUACAGCUCUUGUGGUCCUUUCUCUCUCAAUUGGGACAACAUCUCUUCUGAUACUGUAUACCACAAACAUGCUCGUCGCUUCUACGAAAAUCCUUCUGCUUAUGGUGAAGAGAUUCUGGGUUAUAAUCCUGAAACUGAUAAUCCAUAUCUAGCAUAUGAUCGAUAUCAAGAAGUUAGCGAGUGGGCGGAUAGUACGGAGGAAUCUGAUCCGGAUCAUGUCGUUGCGUUGACUACCAGGGAACUGAAGAGAUUAUAUGGAGAAGAGGUUCCAAUUCCUUUUGAUUUUAUCCCUGAGGGAUAUGUCAAUCCACCCAAUUCAAAGAAUGGAAGUGUCAUCGGUGAUGAUGAGGAUGAUGAUGCUGCGAUUAAGGCAGAGGAAUUGGAUGACGAGAAGGAAUCGGAUGUCAAGCAUAAAAAUCUUAUUUAUCUUCUUGGUAUGCCGGGCUGGGCUCAUGAGUGGGAAGAAAUGACAAAGAUGCAGAGACAUUUUCAUAUUGUUGCUGCAGGGGACUGGAGAAUGGGACCAGUGUUUGAUGUUGAGAGUAAUUAUUCGGAUUACUAUGGUGUACCAUUCUUUGAGCCGAAUGACAUGGGUCUUGAUGGUGUUAAUAGGAGAGAGGUACGGGAAUUGGAUAUUCCUGGUUUAGAGAAGUUGGAAUUGAAGUAUAGAUUGGAGGAAUCUGAUGAUGAGGAUGACGAUGGAUAUGAGAGAUAUCAACGUAGACAUUCUGAUAGGAAUAUUGAGAAUGAAUGUUCUGCUGAGUAUGACAGCGAUGGUUUCUUGUACGAUGAUGAACGUGGAGAGAGAACAGGGUAUUUCGGACAAACAGCAUCCCCAGCUUCUGAGGCAGAAAGAUUUUAUAGACGUCCUUCGAAUGAAGGACAAGUAUCUGAGAGCAACAAUUCUAGCGAGGGAUCCGAAGUAGGGGAUUAUGCAGGUUCCGUCGUUGAAGGAUAUGGAACUACCGAUGAUCAUCGCACUGCUCUCAAUAUCAAUGGACGAAUCGACGAUAGUUUUCGAGCUCGCAUGGCACGCGGAUACACUUUCACCGGCAAAUUCGAUCAAAACAUGUUUACAUCCUCCAAUGCUGGUAGUGUGAUUAGCGAAGAAACCUACGAUUCGGAUUAUGAUGAGGAAUACGAAAGUGAUGAUGGAAUCUCUCAUGAUUACUCUUUCGAAAAUUCCUCAUACCAUGGUACAGAAUGUCAAGAAGACUAUGCUAUCGGUACAUCGACAUUUACACCUCACGCAUUCCAACUAUAUCCACCAUACGACGCAGCCAAUGAUUGUACAACCAUUGGUAUAAGCCCCGACGACAUAGAAAAUACACGAUCAAAAUCUUGGGAUGCAGAUUUCAUGGAAGAUAUACUCGGGUAUUCCGUGCAAGAAGGUCUCAAACCUCGAGAUCCUACCGCAGAAAUGGUAUUAAUGAGUUACCUUGAACCUAUUUCCAAGUCCGUAAAGUCAAGAUAUUCAUCCGAUGCGAAAUCGAGAUCGAGAUCUUCAACAGGUUCAUUAACACCGGUUCCUUCACCUACUAAGUCUACUAGAACUACUAGAUCCUUCGUUCCAAGUCUCAGAUCAAUCCCCAGAUCUUUUAAUAGGAACAAAUCUCUUCCACCUACACCUGAGGUAGAUUAUUUUGAUCCUUUUCCAAAAACUGAUAGGAGUACCGUCUCCAUCCGCAAAGCAUCACUCUCAACCGCCAACAUCGCCAAACUCAACAGUAAAACCAAAGACCAAUUCAAGACUUCUACUCAAAGCCAAGCCAAAAGUAAAACCAGCAGUAAAACCAAAGGAUCCACCAAAGGAAAAUUCAACAGUAUAUCCAAAGCCACCAAAAAAUCUAGAAUUCCUUCACCACCUAGCUCCACCUCCUCGAGCAAUUCAAAUACCUCUUAUGUCGAUCUCACGCGUUCGGGUUCUGCUUAUGCUGUUCCGCCUGCUCAGUCACUUAUUCUGUAUUUACACGGUCAUGGACUUAGUAUGGAUCAUAUAGCAUUUCUACUACAACCACUCGACGAGAGAUUUCUAUACGAUUCGAAUAGUUCCUGGUGGCCAGCUAGUGUUCUCCCUUCCCCAUCUUCCCUCCCCACCUCUCCACCAAUCCACUUCCCAUCCCACACACACUUCACCCCAAACACACUCUCCCAAAUCCUCAAACAUUGCUCCGCGCCCCCUAGAUGGUGGGAGAUACCGGGAGCGAGAGAUCCGGAUGGAAAAUUGUUACCAGAGUGUUUUAAGACGUUGCAGAGGGGGAUGGCGGUUAGGAAGGCGGGGGGGUUGGUUAGGAAGGUUGUGGAGAAUUUUUUUUGGUGGAGGGUUGGGGGUGGGAGGCCGCAUGGGAAUUUGAUGGGGGGGUAG